CGUCCCUGAGGGCCCAGGAUUCUCUGGAGCAGCUGCUGCCUCCUGUCCCCUCUCCUCUCGCAGACCUCACAGCCAUUGCGGAGGGCAGGCCCCGGGGCCCUGCCCCGCAGCACGAUGACGGGGAAAAUCCCCCUGGGGAUUGCCUCCCCUUACGUGAAGUCGAGCUCAGGGGGCUGCGCGGACCCCAUGAAAUUCUACGCCACCACCUACUGCACAGCCUAUGGCCGGGAUUUCAAGCCCCGCAUGGGCAGUCAUAAAGGCACCGGCUACAAAUCGAAUUACCGGCCUGCGGUCUCAUACCAAGCCGGUCUCCAUGCUCCCGACAAUCCAGCCAUGGGGGAACAAGUCCGGGACAGCUUCCAGACCGUCACCAGCCAGAGUUACCGCCCCCUGGAGGUGCCUGAUGGCAAGUGCCCGCUGCCCGGUGGCUUGUACCAGACCAGCUCUGGCUACUCCCGGGAGAAGGCCAGCACAGCACCCACCUCCAAGGAGGUCAGGAAGGUGCAUUUUGACACCCAGGACUACGGGCCACAGGCCAUCACCGGGCUGGAGCCCAAGCACGUGCCCCUGCUCCAGCAGCAGAACAAGGGCUCGGUGGAGUGGGAGAAUGCCCGACACGGCCCGCGCUUCAUGGCUUCCGAGUAUAAUUCCAAGUACCUCAAAGAGGCCUCAACCCAGCCAGAUCUCCUGCAGAAGAAGUCCAUCGGGGCCAAGGAGAGGAGCGGCUUCACCGAAGGGUCCACCAAGAACCCCAUCGCCUUCCAGGCGCCCUCCCAGGCGCUCCCUGGGGACCCGGCCCUCCUUCCCGGCCAGAGCACCAGCAAGGCGGACUUUCUCCCCAUGACGCACCUUCAUGGGGACGAGCUCCUGCCCCAGGUGACCAGGGGUUCCGAGUGGGAGACUGGCUUCAGCCGAGUGAAUGAGAGGAUUCUGGGCUCCAGGGGCCCAGGCUGCGGGCUGGAGCUGUCCGGGCCUGGGCUCUGGAGUCAGACGUCCUGGGUUCGAAUCCCAGCUCUUCACCCUGCAGCUGCUUCCCGCCGGCAGCUGUGGAGGCCGCCUGGGCGUCUGAUCACCAGCUGUGGAGGCCGCUGGGCCUCUGAACUGACCAAACAGCAGUGCCCACCUGCUGGGCCACAUGAGCCGACGUAUAAGGUGCUGAGCUCACUAACAGGAGCUGCCUUGACGCUGGAGCGGAGGAAGCAGCUGGCCUGUUACGACUGCUAUUUACCCCACACCUACGUGGAGUAUCUGAGCAAAAGAAGUCAGGAGGAGGAGUACACACUGAACAAUUUCAUUUAUGUGAAACCCAAGAACCGGCCUCACUGA